GUGCAAUUGUUUUGGAUACUUUACAAACGCCAACAUGGAAUAUAGUUCGUACGAUGUGGAACACAUGCGGUCGAAUUAAAUUGUUAGGUGAAAAGACAGGUGUCGUUUGGGGGCGGACAAGUGAUGACGCUGCGCACCCCACGGCGCCGUAUUUCCCCACGAGCCAAGCGUCGGUAUCGCGCCAUUCGAGAGUUUUUUAGGCGAGCCCUUGGAAGUUCGUCACAACCAGAUAUAAAAAUCAGUUCAAGCAUAGCGAUCAACGUCACAGAUCUGAAGCACAGAAUAAUUGGUAUCGAACGUCAACUCAAUGAAGUGAACAAGCAUUGCCAGGAUCUAGCUAGUCUCGAGAACAGCUUCAAGAGAGAAGCCGACCAUUUUCAGGAAGCGGGAGGACGGCAUGACAAAGAAUCAUAUGAGGAGCACCUGUCUGGCAGACAGGCGAUUUCGCAAGGCACUAAAUUUAUAUAUAGACAACCUGAGACGCGCUGCUCCAAUUCUGACGAAGCCGAAUUUAUACCUGACGUGGGAAAACACGUCUCUGACGAGUGCAGAGCGGAGCCCGAACCCUUUGUUACUUUAGAAGAUUAUCAUGCGCAAUUGGCAAAAAUUCAAAAAGCAAAAAAAAUUGCAGCGCGCAAAAAAAAACCUCGCGAAUAUGAUCAAAUUAUAGGUAAACACAGAACUCCUUUUACAGUGGAGAACAUAAAUCCGCACACGACUAGCAGCUACGAAUCCACUGGCCAUGACAGAGAGGUGCUUCCGUACGAGACUACACCAUCACCUCAGCAGCGGCGCAGCAAGCGUCGCCAUAAAGAGCAGUACCCUAUACAACCGCAGCAUACCGAACAAUCUGAUUUCGAUCAAUCUCGAAAUAAAAAACGCAGAGAGAAAACUAAAAGACGUAGUGGCGACGCCAAUCCCACUUGCUAUUACCAUGAAACACGUAACAAAAAAGAAAAGAUGUCCACAAUGCUAGACCGGGAUUUUAUAGCUGAUAUAAUUAGAAGACAAUAUCAGCCUGUCAAACUAUUCGGACGGAGAGGAUCUAAUUUAAGUCAGUUUUCAGCGCCGGUGUGUCGCGACCAUGAGUAUCACCACAUACGCAACGAUAUUCAAGAGGGAACCGAUCUCUGCUCUUGUUGCUACGACGAUCGUCAGCGCCGAUUUAGUGACGCAAGAAGCGUUUGCGACACGCGGCUGUACAGUUCUAAUAGACACUAUCGCACCAGAUCUCACCGGCGGCACGAGGAUAUUUACAAUGAUUCCGCAUACUAUGACGUCAUCCCUGUGAAAGAAAAAUCAAGUCCGAAAUCCAGACGGAAAUUUGUCGAAGAAAAUGUAUUCGGUCAUCAAUAUACUUGUUAUCCAUAUAAAGAAGUUCUUCCAUCUCCAAGAACGCACAGACCUCGCCUCAAUUUAAAAGCUCAACUAUACCAAGAUUAUGAUGAUCUAAUUCAGGCAAAGCAACCAGGGGCUCGACACGUCACGAGGCCCAAAAAACAUGAAGAGUAUUAUGCAGUAGUCGAAAGCGAUAAUGCAUCAGAGGUAGUUCCCAUUAAAUACCACCGAGAACAGCCCAAGAUACAAAAGCCAAUUAAAAUCUUGACCUGCGCUCAAGUUCACGCGGAUACAAAUACAAGUAAUUCACAAUGCCCUCAAAUCGUCCACGACCAACACUGCAUAGUCAAUCAACAUCUAGUUAAUCAAUCUUUAAAUAAAUUGCCAGAAUCGAACCAGACAGACAAAGCUCUAUGUGAAAUCAAAGAUAUUCUGCAAAGUUUCUUACAAGAAAUCAAACGGGAUAGCUCUCAACCACUGUCAGAAGACUGCGUUAAGCAAGUUGAUAAACAGACAAGCAACACUUUGACAGAAACCCCAAAUUGCACGAUUGAAAACAACUGCAACAGUUACAUCGCCCCGACAGUCGCGCCCAUCGCACCACCUCUUCCAACAUCUUUCGUACCGUCUUUCCCGGGCCAGUGUUGUUACCCUUUGGUGUGCCCCGUAAACUGCUUGCAAAACAGAUUCGUAGUCCCUAGCCCUAGCGUCGUCGCAUGUCAUGCUUGCAUUAAUGCUACGAAGGAACCAAUCUGUAUUGAAUGUUCAUCGAAAGCUAAAAAUCAGUCGACACAGGACAACUACGAGAGUGGCAAGAACAAUAACUUUGAGGACUUAAUCAAAGAAAUAUACGAGUUCGUUGCAAAAGACCAAAAGCAGAGUAAAAAAAAGGUUCGCAACAAGCAUAAUGAAAGAAGCGAAGGUGUGGUGGAGGAAUCGGACAAGGGUAAAGACUUAACCUCGAGGAGUGUAGGCGAAAGCUUGCGAUUGACUCAGAAUGAUACUAAGGUGGGCACGUCAGAGCAGAAGAGCUACUCGAAAAGUUGUGAGGCGUUCGGCUCACGGCUCACUUCCGAAAACUAUUACACCACCACACAGUCCGACACAGUACUGGACAAAUUAAGCUUGGAGGUAACAGAUUCGUCGACUCGUUUCAGUUCCAUAUCUGCUCUGCAAGAUAAGAAUAAAGUCGGUAUGCUUGUCAAAAUGCUCAAAUCGAUAGGAAUCCUCAAGAAAAAGAAAAAGGUGGAACACCCUGAAGGGUGCGAAAGCGACAGUGCAUUGGAAGGGGAUGUGAAACCAAAGCAUACACAUACCCCGUUUCGACAAAACAUCACGAACUACGCGAUGUACGGGCAAGAGUAUUACCAACGUCCCCCAGUGCCUCAAUACGUUCGCCCCGAAUACGGCCAGCCGCCUUACGACCAGAGGGCCUACUAUAGCGCCCUAACGCCAGAGUCGAGCGAUUUCACGCCGCACAGAGUGCAGCAACAGACGAUCCACGAACAUGCCUCGUCGGGAUACUACCAACAGCCCUCCGCGCCACCCUAUCCGGGCCCUUACGAGCCACACUACGGCCACAUGCACGCGCCGUACGCGCCGCAGCCUCCUCUCUGUCUGAAGGAAGUAGAAGUUAAGAGCACUAGCACGCAAAGUGAAAAGAAAUUUUCCUUCUUUAAUAAGCGCUCACGCAAGAGCCAGCGGCCUGCCACAGCGCACGGAGCCGCCUUCCAUUGUGAACACGAUCCCAAGAACUGCUCCACGCAGACCGCACCUUUCUUGAGAAAUAGUAACCCGCUCACGUAUGAACUACAAAAAAAGGAAAAGCCAGGAUUUUUCUCUGCAUUUAAAAAUUUGCAAAAAGGGGAUUACGACGACGUUGGCGCAAACCCUACGACGUAUGGCUUUAAAACUCAUAAGAAAUUGGUUGAAGGUGACAUGAAGUUGAAAAAUGUACUACUAAAAAAACUGUUUCUUAAGAAAAAUCCCUUUUCUCCCCGCAACCUAAUGGUGAGGACAUUACUGGGCAAGGACAAGUCCAAUUACGGCGUCUCCCCUGCCCUAAAGACUCGGAUGUUCUUAUAAGUGUCUGUAGCAAUCGGUUUUGUGUAAGUGAAUGUUCUCGAAAAAUAUGCAGUGUCCUGUAACGAAUCAAAUUGCGUCGUGUAUUAUAACGUUAUUAUGUUUUUAAGAAACUGUGACAGUUGCUUUUAAUUUUAUUCUUAAGUAGGAAAGUAGUAACUACUAAUGCAGUAAUUGUGUCCUUUUAGUUCUACCUCAAAAUAGCGUGUAUUAUUUCUGUAGGUAGGUGCAGUUCAACAGUUACAAUAAG